AUGGCUGUGCACUCCCAUGUGUCCCUGGCAAAUGGAAAUAACUUUGUCUUUGGAGGUAACCAGAAUCCCUCUUUAUCAGAUGGAGAGCUGAUGGAAAUUGCUGACCAGAAAAGGAUAACUCCCAAAGGUUCCUGUCUGGAGUCGGUGAAGAUUGCCAUUGAUACUGGUUACCGCCAUAUUGACGGUGCCUUUGUCUACUACAAUGAGCAUGAAGUGGGACAAGCCAUCCGGGAGAAGAUUGCUGAAGGAAGGAUCAAGCGAGAAGACAUUUUUUACUGUGGCAAGCUGUGGAAUACCUGCCACCCCCCAGAGCUGGUGCGUCCCACGCUGGAGAAAACCCUGAAGAUCCUGCAGCUAGACUACGUUGACCUCUACAUUAUUGAGCUGCCAAUGGCUUUCAAGCCUGGAGAUGCAAUCUACCCAAAAGAUGAAAAUGGAAAAAUGAUCUACCAUGAGACAGACUUAUGUGCCACUUGGGAGGCUAUGGAAGCGUGUAAAGAUGCAGGCUUGGCAAAGUCUAUUGGAGUAUCCAAUUUCAACCGCAGGCAGCUGGAGAUGAUCCUGAACAAGCCAGGACUUAAGUACAAACCUGUCAGCAACCAGGUCGAAUGCCAUCCCUAUUUCACCCAACCCAAACUCUUAGAAUUUUGCAGACAACACGACAUUGUUAUUGUUGGGUACAGCCCAUUGGGAACCUCAAGGGAUGAAACAUGGGUAAAUGUGUCCUCCCCUCCUUUACUGAAGGAUCCUGUGCUGAAUGCCAUUGGCAAAAAGUACAACAAGACAGCUGCACAGGUUGCUUUGCGUUUCAGCAUCCAGCGAGGGGUGGUGGUCAUCCCAAAAAGCUUCAAUCCACAACGCAUCAGAGAGAAUUUCCAGAUCUUUGACUUCUCCCUUACUGAGAAAGAGAUGAAAGAAAUUGAAGCCCUGAACAAAAACGUUCGUUAUGUGGAACUGUUAAUGUGGCGUGACCAUCCAGAGUAUCCCUUCAGCGAUGAAUACUGAAAACAAGCUGUGUCCAGGCAGGUUCCUAACUCAGUGCCAUUAGGCUUUGCUGAAAGUGACCCAAUGUUUGGUGCUUUGACUUCAUGGGAGACUGUUCAAAUCAGCAUUAAAAACAUGACAUUUA